AAAUAAAAUUAUAAUCUCAUUUUGUUUUGCCUUGUUUGGCAUCACCAAAUUAGAGCUUGUGAAUCCAUUCAAGCAAAAAACACUUUCCAAUUCUUCCAUUUCUCGUCUCGUCUCGUCAUCUUUUGUUUUGUGCCUUCAACACGAAGCAAAGGAACCAUCAGAAAUUAAGCUAGAAAAUUGGUGAAUUCAAUGGCAACAGCAGUUUCAGGAUCAAUGGUGGGUGACUCAUCAUGGCAGGCACAUUUGGCAAUGGCAUUGGUGCAGCUAUUCAAUGGUGGCUAUCAUGUAAUUACCAAAGUAGCCCUUAAUGUUGGGGUUAAUCAGUUAGUUUUUUGCCUCUACAGAGAUCUACUUGCCCUUUCUAUCCUUGCUCCUAUUGCUUAUAUUCGUGAAAAACGGACACGACCACCCAUUACUAAGGACCUACUGAUUUCAUUCUUCUUUCUUGGAUUAACUGGGAUAUUCGGCAACCAACUUCUGUUUCUUAUUGGUUUGAGCUAUACAAAUCCAACUUAUGCUGCUGCUACACAGCCAGCAAUUCCAGUCUUUACAUUUUUGUUCGCUGUAAUGAUGGGUACAGAAAAAGUGAACUUGCGUAGGUAUGAAGGUCUAGCAAAGGUUUUAGGAACUCUUAUCUGUGUUUCUGGUGCCAUAUUGAUGGUUUUGUAUCGCGGUCCAAUUCUGAUAGGAUAUGCAGAAAUUGAUCAUGUAGCACGAAAUGAAAUUAGUGCGAGAGGUCAACCUGAGCCUUCUGGAUGGUUUAUCGGUGCUUUACAGGAUCGUGGUCUUGGCCAUUUUCAUCUUGGGGUUCUGUGCUUGAUAGGAAAUUGCAUGUGUAUGGCUGCUUUUCUGGCCAUUCAGGCACCAGUAUUAAAAAAAUAUCCUGCAAAUCUAUCUGUCACGGCAUAUUCAUAUUUCUUCGGAGCUGCUAUGAUGGUGACAGUCUCAUUUUUAAUGACUAGUGAGUCAACUAGCUGGAGUUUGACAUCGUCCGAAGUACUUGCUGUUAUUUAUGCCGGAAUUAUUGCAUCUGCCCUUAACUAUGGACUCAUUACAUGGUGCAACAAAAUAAUAGGACCAGCUUUGGUUGCCCUAUACAAUCCACUUCAACCUGCAUUUUCUGCCCUACUGUCUCGAAUAUUCCUCGGAAGUCCGAUUUACUUAGGAAGCAUCAUAGGAGGAUCAUUUAUCAUUGCUGGUCUAUAUACUGUUACUUGGGGAUCAUAUAGAGAAAGAAAUGCAACAGUUGGAGUUAGUUGGGAAGCUGAACCACUUAUCCGGGAUAAAUAUCACGUUUUUUCUGUGUCCUCUAGUGUAUCUACAAGUCCAAAAUCAUCAGCAGAUUAAGGAAAUUAAUUACAAAAUAUCAAUGCCUUGUAUAAAAAAAGUUUUGUCAUGGUUCUUCAAUCUGUUACUGCUUGUCAAAUUAACAUGCAAGCAAUUCUCUUGUUCAUGGAACUCACUAAAUAUUCUGUAAUAUAUUGUUACACUUUUCUACUA